AUGACCACCUCUCUCUCUGGUGUAGAGACCACCCGCAUGGCGACCUCAGCAGGCGAGAUCACUGUCCGGCCUUUCCGGUCAAGCUCGAAUGCGCAACUCAAGGCGGUGCUGAGUUUUACGCCGAGGACGUCUGCGCUGGACAGGCAGAACGUGGCGAGUCAGACGGACACAUUUCGGGGAUUCUUCACGCUUUUCUGGAUAGGCUUAGCGCUACUAUUCUGCCGCACCUCCCUCGAAUCAUGGGAGACCAACAAAACUCCCCUCUCAUGGACCUUCGGCCGACUGAUCACCCGCGAUGUCUUCGUCCUGGCAUUCUCAGACGCACUCAUGGUCCUCUCCAUGUUCCUCUGCGUGCCCUUCGUUAAGGGAUUGCAGAAUGGGUGGUUCCGGUAUCACUGGACUGGAGUGGUCAUUCAGCAUCUCUUCCAGACGGCGUAUUUGGGCGUAGCUAUCGCUUGGGGCUUUGUGAGGGACUGGUAUUGGGUACAAAGCGGGUUCUUGGUCUUGCAUGCGCUUUCCAAUAUGAUGAAGAUGCACUCGUACAUGGCGCAUAAUGGGAUGCUGAGCAACGUCGCCAGGCGUCUCAAGACCGAACGAGCCGAACUCGACCGAUACCUUGGUACCCUCCCCGGCGGUCGGGAGGCUGCAUUGGCGCAAGCUAGCCAGCGACGGUCCGAGCUCGAAGCAAAGGAGGCACAAGAGUCUACCACCCCGGUUGGGACGCCCGGACCUGGCACUCCCUCCCUGGGGUUGACGGGGUACGAGUUCCCCGUUGCCGCCGCGCAGAAGUUGCAGGCUACGGCAGAGGGACGAUCUCGGAGUGACAGUACCGGCGCGACAUCGCCUACGCGCCCUCGGACCCCUUCGUCCGCAGCGGCCAACUCCGUCCGCCGGCGUCGCAAGUCCAAGCACCUCGCUAGGGAUGCGCUACCCACCCCUGAGCCGAAUCUACCGCACGGAACAUCCCUCGAGCCAUCAGCCAACACGACGCCCCACGAGCCGCGCGCACCGCAUCUGCUGGGCUGGUCAGAGGACGAAAAGAUAGCGCUGCUCGCGCGGAACAUUGAUGCGAUGGAGGAUGAGCUGAGGAGCAAUGGGGCAAAGGGGCUGGUCUGGCCUCAGAACGUGACGUAUGCCCACUUUGCGGACUUUAUGAUCAUCCCGACCCUGGUGUAUCAGCUGGAGUAUCCGAGGACAGCUACAAUGAACCCCUUCGUCGUACUCGAGAAGAUCAUCGCCACGUUCGGUACCUUCUCCCUGAUCUACACCAUCACCGAGCACUACAUCCUGCCAUAUACGCCCAAACCGGAGGAUACGCUCUUCAAGAGCUUUGUCAAUCUUGCUUUGCCCAUGAUUAUCAACUAUCUGCUCAUCAUCUUUGAAUGCGUGUGUCAAGGUUUCGCCGAGCUAUCAUACUUCGCAGACAGGGAGUUCUACCAAGACUGGUGGAACUCGACAUCAUGGGAUCAGUUCAGCCGGAAAUGGAACAAACCCGUACAUACGUUCCUCCUCCGUCAUGUGUACGCCUCAUCAAUGGACGGUCUCCGCCUAUCGCGCAUGUCGGCCGCAUUCGUGACCUUCCUCCUCUCGGCGCUAUGCCACGAGCUCGUCAUGGCCGUAGUGAGCAAGAAGGUCCGGCCGUACCUGUUCCUCAUGCAGAUGGGCCAGCUGCCGCUCAUUGCGCUGGGGAGAUUACCGAUCGUCAGGCGGAACAAGACAAUAGGGAAUAUCGUGUUCUGGAUUGGUCUGAUGGCUGGUUUCCCAUUAUUGUGA